AUGUAUUUUAAGAUUCAUUAUAGUGUCCCUUGGACAAACACAACACAGUUUGGCCUCGUGAGCUCAUCCCAGCAGACCGGAGACUCUUUCCAGCUGCUCCGUCCCUCACAUCACAUCUAAUAAUACACGCUGACAACAGGCACAGAUGGACCGAAGCGAGGGGGGGGGCUAGACUCCCUAAGUCCAGGACCAGGACUAUAAAUACAACCAUCCAGUCAAGGCGAGCAGAAGACACAAUCCCUGGGCGCAGCAGCAAGAACCAAAACAGGACUCGGAGCGACAUGUCACAGCCCGGCGAAGUCAAGAAGAAAAAGCGUCCGCCGAUGAAGGAGGAGGACCUGAAGGGGGCCCGCAGUAAACUGGGACUGAAGGGCGAGGUCAAGAGUAAGACCUAUGAGGUCAUGGCGGAGUGCGAGCGGAUGGGCAAAGUGGCCCCAUCAGUUUUUAGCGGCGUACGGACCGGGACUGAGACCUCCCUGGACAAUCCACUUGCCAAAGCUCCUGGAGCGAGUGUGUUCAACAAGUAGUCCCUCGCUGCACCUUUCAUCAUUACUAUGAGAAACAACUGUUAUUUUUUAUCAAAGUGCAGCUUUUUGUCACCUGGACAGAUGCAGCGUGGGUGGAGGUCACAAUGUUUGCUUUAAGUGGAGACACAACCUUUGUUGACUCGAGACCUUAAAACAAUUAUUGCACAGUGACAACUUUGGUGAGUCCAACAUUGGCACAUAUUUCUUACUCUUUUUUUUUUUUUUUUUCACAAAAUAAAUAUUGUCACAAUGACUUAAAACCUCAUGAUCAUCCCCUUUGCUUACAGUGUGGACAAAAUCACUUGACUAUAAAUCUCUUCAUAAACGGAUGCCUCUUUUUUUUUAACGAUAAUAUGAUUCACUUACAGAACCCAACACAAUUGUGUUGCUUUCAAGAACUGCAAAAACAAAGCCAAACAGGACAUAAAAGUCUUCAAUUUUUCUAAGGGCAUAAAAACAUUAUGGAUUAAUUUAUUUUGUACUUUUUUUUCUCAAAUAACAAUCAAUAAAAACACCAAAAUUGAA